UUGAGCUGCUAGAUGACAGUGAAAAAUUGUCUGAAUCUACUUUGUAACGACAUCUGUAUUUCUGUAUGUCUCACUCUCACUUUAGUUACCAGUUUUCCACGCGGUCGAUUUCAAUAUGGCGAAAGUCUAAUAAACUUUGUUAGUUGAAUUUCUGCUGCCUUAGCAGCUUUUUUUGUCAUGAACUUAGGAAAAGUUAUCUUUAGAAGUUCAACUUACUACUUAGGAAAUUCAUUUUGCCGCAAUUUCAACAAAAGAACUCAGAAAUUUGACUAUAAAAAGUUGGUUAAAGUUAACAAAAAGGCGAACAAGAAACCGAGGUUGAACUUGAUUUUGAAAGAAGAUGUUCCAAAUUUAGGUUUUGCUGGACAACUUGUGCAAGUAAAACGUGGCUACGGUAGAAAUGACUUAAUCCUUAACAGGCGAGCAGUAUAUGCAACUGAUGAAAAUAAAGCGAAAUAUUUGAAAGUUCGUGAAGAGAAAGGAGUUAAAAAUGAAGUUGAGGAUCCCAAGAUCCUUCCUUUCUUUGAGAAGACUUUGUUAAAAAUUACGCAACGACAAUGGAGAAGCUUGGAAGAUACAGCCAAAGAUAUCUCAACACAAUGCCGUAAAAAAUUAGGUGUCGUUGUUCCUGUUGAUUGCGUUGAAAUGCAGGAAGCAAUUACAACAAGUGGUGACCAUGUUGUUGGUAUUAUUAUAAACGAGAAUGUAUCAACAACACUGAAAUGUUCAGUUGUUUUGAAUCAAUAAAUUUUUUAUUUCUAUGUCUAUGUUCUGUUACAUAACAAAUGUAUUUUAAGAAGAAAUUACAUUCUGCAUUUUUAAUUAAUUCUAUAUUUGGUAUUACAUGAUUAUAUUAAUUGAAAAAACUACUCACUCCUUGCCUUGCGAAACCUGUAAUAAAGUUUCCUUAAUUCAUAACAAAA